UCAGAAGCCGUUGGCUCUGCCUGUCAGCUGAUGGGUUCUGAGCGAUGAGCUGAAGGAACUUGCCCGUUCUGGGCUCAGGUAGCGUAGAACGCAGAACAAUCUAGAUGACAGCUACUCUGGAACCAGAUAAGAUGAAAGCAAAUCAAGACAAGUUCUAUGGCCGAGAAAGAGAAUUUGUGUAUAAAUUCAAUGUAGGAAGCCAGUGCUUUGAGCUUACAGUGCCGCUGAAAUUUCCUGUUAAAGAGAAUCCAAAUAAUUUGCAUGGACGUCUGAUGCUUCUCCACAAUUUACCAUGUUUCAUAGAAAGUGACUUAAAGGAAUCUCUGAGCCAGUUUAUAGAAGAAGAAUCUCUAAGAGAUUAUGAUAGAGAAGCUGAAGCUGCACUAGAAGCUUUAAAAUCUGGUGAAGUUGAUCUACAUCAGCUGACAAGUGCUUGGGCAAAAACGUAUGCUGAGACCACAUUAGAGCAUGCAAGACCUGAAGAGCCAAGCUGGGAUGAAGAUUUUGCAGAUGUCUACCAUGACCUGAUCCAUUCUCCUGCCUCUGAAACACUCUUAAAUUUGGAGCACAAUUACUUUGUUAGUAUUUCAGAACUUAUUGGGGAAAGAGAUGUGGAGCUGAAAAAGUUACGAGAAAGGCAAGGUGCAGAAAUGGAUAAAGUAAUGCAAGAACUGGGUAAGUCCCUAACAGAUCAGGACGUAAAUUCAUUGGCAGCUCAGCAUUUUGAAUCCCAACAGGUCUUAGAGAAUAAAUGGACCAGUGAGCUAAAACAGUCAACUGCUAUCCAAAAACAGGAAUAUCAGGAAUGGGUAAUAAAGCUUCACCAAGACCUAAAAAAUCCAAACAACAAAUCCAUCAGUGAAGAAAUUAAAGUUCAGCCCAGUCAAUUCAGAGAAUCUGUAGAAGCAAAUGGAAGAAUUUAUGAAGAUCAAAGGAAGUUAGAAGAAAGUUUUACCAUUCACUUAGGAGCCCAGCUGAAGACCAUGCAUAAUUUGAGAUUGCUGAGAGCAGACAUGUUAGACUUCUGUAAACACAAACGAAAUCAUCGGAGUGGUGUAAAACUCCAUCGGCUGCAGACAGCACUCUCACUCUACUCAGCGUCUCUCUGUGGCCUGGUUUUAUUGGUUGAUAAUCGCAUCAAUUCAUACAGUGGUAUUAAAAGAGAUUUUGCCACAGUUUGUCAAGAAUGCACUGACUUUCAUUUCCCUCGGAUUGAAGAGCAGUUGGAAAUUGUCCAACAGGUAGUACUUUAUGCUCGAACUCAACGCAGGAGUAAAUUGAAAGAACCAAAUGAUUCAGGAAACCGGAAUGGAGGAAAUGAUGAUAAGACUAAGAAUAUUGAACGAAACUAUUCAAAUAUUUUACCUGGAGAAUUUUAUAUUACCCGACACUCCAAUCUCUCUGAAAUCCAUGUGGCUUUCCAUCUCUGUGUGGAUGAUAAUGUGAGAUCUGGUAACAUCACAGCUCGUGAUCCUGCCAUAAUGGGCCUCCGAAAUAUUUUAAAAGUUUGCUGCACUCAUGACAUCACAACAAUUAGCAUUCCUCUCUUGCUAGUACAUGAUAUGUCAGAGGUCCUGUCUUCUCCAGGAUGGCAGCUUGGUCCAUUACCUAUCCUGGAUCUAUCAUGGGUUCCAGCAUUCUUUAUUCUUUUCAGUUUCUGAAGAUUCUGGAUUUGGAGACCAGUUCUCUAACUACUUCAUGCUGUCUCUUCCCCUUAGUUUUAGGUGGAAGUGAGGGAGAGAGGGAAGGAAAAAAGGGAAAGAAGGAAGUCCUACAUCUAAUAGGUUGGAAAUUGGGAGAAGAAAAUGUGUUUAUUAAUAAAUAUGAAAAUUUUGUGUGUGUUACAUUUUACAAUAGUGUGAAAAGAGAGAGCAACCUUUUAAAAAAAAUUUAUAAAGCUUGACCUGUUUAAGAAUAGGUAUUAUGUAGUUUUUACAUGGGAUAUAAUUUGAAACAGAUUGCAGCUGCAUUAGGGAUAGUGCACUGCUAGUAAUUGGACUUAAGAGUCAGAAAGACCCUCAUUUAAAUCCAGCCUUGGGCAUUUACCGGAGCUAUGACUGAGCAGUUAUUUAACCUUUUAGUCUCAGUUUCCUGUCUAUAAACUAAAACUAAUAGGACCCUAUUUCCCAAAUUUACUGUGUGAUUCAGAUGAGAUCAUUUAUUUAGGUUCUACAUAAGCAUUAUUAUUAUAUAAAUGUAAAGGAUUAUUAGUACUGUUCAAUAUAUAUUUUUAAGUGACUUGUACCACCUAGUUCUUUGAUCUUUUAACCAGAUUCCAUUAACCUUUCCUUUUCAUCACUUUUAUACCUAUCCCAUACAAAGCAAAGAUAUCAGUUUAGAUCAGGUUACAGAUUUGUUUUUCAUAGUUCUCUUCUCCCUUUCCCCCAUUUUUUUCCACAGUAAUUCCUUUAUGAAAUCUCACUUCCAGCAAUAAAAUCCUCAAUUACUCAAUUCUCAAUGAACUUGUUGCCAUUUUUGAGUUACAGCCACUCAUCCAUCUAUAAGAGUAUUUGGAGAAUAAAGUAACAAAGAAAGUUUAUGAUGAAUGAUGGUCACAAGGAAACAUACAAACAUUUCUGCAGCUGUGGUCCUGGUUAACCCAGUUUAUAAAAAUGGUUAUAUGUAGGUGGAAAACAACCUCAAAAACAAUGUUUCCAAAAGUCACUCAGUUCAGAUUAACUUCCAGACAUCUGAUACUGUUAGCAUUCCCUCUCCCACAAUGGGUUACAAAAGUUGCAUGUUUUAAAUUAGGACAGCCAGCUGCAGAACAUUAAACUGGUUUCCAAAGCAUUCAAUUUAAUUCACAUAAGUAUAUUGAGCCUUGAUUCUCCAGUUGCAUUUAAACCUCCCAUCCAGGUCAUGAAGUUUAUUCUGCAAACCUAAAAAAUCAGUCAAAUGGCUAUAAAGGUAAUUGUAGUUAGCUUCCUAUGGAAAGCUCCUAAAUCGCUUUAUAAUUUGUCGUAAUGCCAUAUAGAGAUGACAAAUACCCAGAUUUUCUCCUUCAUGUCAUAAUAAUUUUUGUCUACCAGGAAUAGCAAUUUCAUAUUUUUUCCACAUUAAAAAUAAGGGUGAAUAUUGAAUAUAGAUCCAUUAUUGCUGUGGAUCCAGACCUGGGUCUGGGACUAAAUUCUGUCCUAUAUAACAUAAGCAGCUGUGAAUUGCCAUGCACUGUGUGUUGGGGUAAAAUAUUGGAUGAAAUUGAAUGUAUCAAAAAUAAAAAAGCAGUACAAAGAAAAAAAAAUGAAAAGGAAAGAAAAUAUAUAUUUAUUUAAUCAAAUCAAACAUUUGUCCCCAAGAGGAAAAAUGAGCUAUCGAUUUUGGCUCUUUGAUCUGAGAAUUCUGUUACAUAUAAUCAUUGGUAUCAGCUUUAAAUUUUUAGGAAAUAGGAGUUGGAACCAGGAGUCAAGACUGCUGAGAUGCUAUUACUAUACCCUACUUUCCCUCUUUGGUUUAUCAGUAAAUGGUUGAGUAAUUUUAUCACUCCAGUGUCCACUCAAGCAACAAACAUUUAUUAAGUACCUGCUUAAUAAAGAAAUGUAGCGAAGUGCUGGAAAUGUAAUCUAUAGCACUUGGAAACAGAUUGGAAGCUGACACUUAGAUUUUGAGUCUGGGUGAUUAGGAAAUUUGUGGUACCCUCAACACUAAGAAAGAAGUUAGGAAGAGGGAGGAAAGAUAAACAGUUCACUUUUAAAGAGUGAAUUAUCUAUUUCAAGUUGUCCAAUAGAUAACUUGGAAAUGCUGGUCUAAUAGUCAGGAGAGAAUUCAAGGCUAGAUCUGAAAACCAUCUGUGUGAAGCAAGAGAAUCUUUGUGACCAGCCCCCCACAAUGUGGUAGUGAGAUUGAAUGGAAACAGUGUUUCAAUAAAUUAGCAAAAGUGCUUGAGGAAUGUAAGAUGGCAACAGAAAUUCUCCAGACCAUCCAUAUUCUGAGUGAUCAGCUAAAAGAAUCAUUGGAAGGUCCAAUUUAUGCAGUAUGCCGUGAAACACUAAAAUCACUUGUAAACUGAAACCUUUUUUUCCCCAUGAAGAUCCAACAUUAAUUAGAAGAGCCAAUCUAGGUGACAGAAAGGAGUCUAAAUAGUGCCCCUUGAGCAUUUGUCCUAUAUAAUUAAGAUCACUGGUAAGGUUUAAACCUGAAGUCAGCAUGCUUGAAGGCUGCAGACUGCGCACCCGGCACCCAUGGCAUGCUGACAAUGCCUCAUCCUCCAGCUCUUUCCAAGGGGACAUUUCCCCAGUCCAUCUUGUGUGUUUUCUUUCCCAAGUACAUUUGUAGGACAAACAUGUUUAAAAAGAAAUUCAAGUCCAGAGCAUAUAAGGAAAUCAAAUAAUGAAAGAUAUAGCCAUCAUAGAGUAGAAAGGACUCUGGAGAUAAAGUCAGAAGAUUGGGUUCAAAUUCUGUCUUUCUUGCUCUGUGACUGUGGCCAUGACAUUGUCCCCUCUGGACUUGGAUUCCAUCUCAAAAAUGAAAAAGUCAGACUAGAUGGCCCCCAAACUCUCUUCCCUUUGGCGCUAUUCUAAAUAAAGUCUGAUCUGGAAAGCUCCAGGAGACUUGAAAUAGGCAAACAUCCUGAUUUUCCAAAAGGAAAAGAAUGUGGAUUCCACAGACUGAAUCAAUCAAUGAGUCUGACAUUUGCCCUUGGUAACAGUUCUAAAAGGGGAUUAAGAGCUUAAAAAUUGAGCACUUAAAAAGAAAUCAGUGAGCAGCUUGAAUCACCAUGUCACUUUAAACUAACCUCAUUCGCUUUUUUAAUGGAGUUAUCAGAUCAGGCCACUAGACUUUUCUGGCCUCCCGAGGAGUAGCUUAUAGCAGCAGUGAUAGUUUGAUGGGCUCUUGCAUCUCCCUCAAGGCGGUCUUUUCCUCUCCCAGAAAGUCCAAGAAAGGUCUUCACCUGGUGAGACAAAAGAUUGGGGCUCCCAUCCCCAUCCCAAAAGGAGGGCCACACUCGGAACAAACCCAUCCUUCCUUAGCUUCAGCUCUCAGUCAAAGCAAUUGAUUGUCGAGCAAUUCUCAAAAAGCUUUGGAAAAGAUCCACAGCUCCCAUGCAGUCAGAGUGCAAUGAAUAAUGUGUACUUCAAUGAACUUUUCUUGCCUCUUAGGGAAAAAACAUCAAGCCAGGAAAGAGCUGGCAAACUUGGCUCAUGGAUUAGUUAGCUUGACCGAUUGUCUUUCUUCUUUUUAUUUCUUGUUUCAGGAAAUGAGUUAGUUGAGGAGUGAGGGGACAUAUAUUUAGAAAUGAAGGUAAUAGACAAAUAUUUCAAAAAAAUUUAACUUUUAGAGAAAUAUAUCAAAAUGAUUUUUUAAAAUGAGAAUUAAGUUCUAGGAGUUUUGUGUACUAUAGGCUUUAUAUAAGUCAAUAGUAUGCUAUGGCAUCAAAAAAAUUAUUACAAUCUUAAUCUGUUUAAUUAGAGGUACAUUAAGAAAAGUUUUAUAUAAAACUAAAAUGUUUAUAGGAGUACUUUUUGUGGUAGCAAACAACUGGAAACAAAGUAGCUGCUCAUCAAUUGAAGAAUGGCUAAACAAAUUGUAGUGCAUAAACUUAAUGAAAUAUUAAUGUCAUAAGAUACAACACCUCUCCUAGAUCACUGUCUAGUCAUGGCAGAGGGGCUAGCAUAGGUCAGUGAAGAUUACCCCAAACAGACAAGUCAUAGUAAAGAUUUGUGACAAAUGGUGAUCCACUGGAAACAAGGAAAUUGCAAACCACUCCAGUAUGUUUGCCCAAAAAAACCUCAUGGAUUAGGAUGUUAUGGGCCACAGGGCCAUGAAGAGUCAGGAUACAAGUCACAUAACAACAACAAUAAAGAACUUGGAGAAAUACAGGAAGAUUUAUAUUACCCGA